UUGUUUUGGAAUUUGGAAUGAUAAUAGAAAAUUUCCGAUUUUGAAAUUUGAAAAUCUCAAUUCGAAAUAAUUAUUGAUUGUGUGGAAAAUUCGCCAAAUUUCCAUUCCACCUUCAUGUAGGUGAUAUUUUACUACAUGUAGGUAACCUUUCUUUUCUUUUUUUCAUUCACAAAAUAGUGUACUUUGAUAAUUAUUAAAACGUCAAUGGUGAUAAGACUGAUAACAACGACAAGUGAAGCUCGUCAAAUAGAAAUAUUGGCAGGAAAUACGACAUAUUUUACUAUCAAAGAGCAAUUUUUCCAUUCUUUUUAGUUAACAUCGACUUGGAACAUGUUCAAGGUAUUCGUACACUAGUCUAGGUUACUGUUCGGUUUAAUUAUUCGUAUACCAAAAUGACCAAGUUGAUAGAUUGGAUGGCUGCUGUAUGCGCCUUUCUGUCCAUAUGGUUAGCUUUACUGUACCAUUUUAUCGAAUUGGAAAUCAUCAACGAAUAUAGAGGUUUAAUUUCACUCCUUCCUGUGUUUACUGUGUUCAUAUUUGGUCUGUAUUCUGCUGGUACUGUUCUAUGGAGAGUGUAUAAUUUCAAUGAUUGUAACCAAGACGCCCUAGAUUUACAAAUGGAAAUCAAAGAUGCUAGAAAAGAUCUCAUUGCCAAAGGAUUCGUAUUCCAGUAAACUUCAAAAGUGAUCAGAUUACCUGUGUUUUUUUUAAAUCGGAUUUUUAUCUUUAUACAAUUAUAUGUGUGUCUGUAAUCAAGGGAAACGUAAGUAAUAAUUAUCUUAAUCUUCCUAAAAGGCAAUUGAAAUGUGAUAAAAUUGUGAUUCAGUUUACAAACUAUGCAAUUAUUAUAAUUAAUAUGGAUUAUAGUACCUAAUAAAAAUUGUAUUGCUAGUGUAAA